GUCCCUGGCUUCAGUCGCCAACCAUCCAGAGUCUCUCUGCAUAGACAGCCACGCGUUUCCCCACUUUCUGGACGAAACUUCCCGAUGGCGACGCCGAGUUCCACCCCAGCCGCCCCCGCCGCCGCCGCCGCCGCCGCCUCCGUCCCGCGCCUAUCGCCACUACGCCCUUCCCAGGCUUCCCUACACCGCCUCCGCUUGUGUCCAGCACCAUCGGCCGCCGCCGCCGCGGCUUCCCCCAUUUCCCGGGGGCCGGGCUGUCGUCCCUUGCCCAGUAUCCGCUGUCGAGCCGCCGCCGGGCCGCCGCCGCCCUCCUCCGAGCCUCCUACUCCAUCUGGUUGGCAAGAGAGGCUGUCAAGUUUGCAGGAUAGAGCACGGAUAUUCUUUGCAGUUCUAUUCUGGAUGUCAUUGUUUUUCUGGGGAAGUGCUUGGGAUGGAAGUAACAAUUCAGGAGGCAAGAAGCGCCAACGAUUUCGAAAGAAAUCAAAGUGAAGAUGCUCUAGGAUUGUCAUUUUUCUAGACAUAUAUCUUUCUAUGUUCCAGGACUUCUGAAUGUGCAAUGAUGCGUAGUGAGUAUGUAUAGGCAUAGAAAGCUGUCGUUAUAUGGUUGCAUUUCAGCAACCAUUACCCUGAAGAAAAUUACUUGAUCGUGUUGUAUAUAUUGCCAAUCGUUGAUAUGGAGAUAUGGGUGGCAUUAUAAAGGAUUAAAAGAAACAUGUAUGCCUGUUCCUUGAUUUUAUUGGUA